AUGAAAGAAGUAGUAGUAUUAGUAUAUGUUCUGUUACUUGUACUUUUUGUUUCCGUUUCGAAUGCAAAAGUAACGAAAACAAAUAUUAUUGAAAACUUCCUCCAAUGCCUUCACAAUCAGACCCGUUCAGAGAAUCCGAUCAUCGAAGCAGUCUGCACUCAUGAUAACUCCACCUUCGUGUCAUCUUACGUGUCCUACACGAAAAACAAAAGGUACUCAAACCCUAAGGACACAAAAGUAAUAGCCAUUGUUGCUGCAAAACAUGAAUCUCAUGUUCAGGCAACUGUGGUCUGUGCAAAGUCCAACAGAAUCCAGAUCCGUAUACGAAGUGGCGGUCAUGACUACGAGGGACUAUCUUACAUCUCGUCUGUACCGUUCGUUAUUCUCGACAUGCACGAUCUCCGGUCCAUCAUCAUUGACGUGUCCAAAAAGCAAGCUUGGGUUAACGCUGGUGCGACAUUGGGAGAGCUCUACACCAAAAUCUCAAAAGCUAGCAAAACGCUAGCGUUUCCGGCUGGGGUUUGCUCUACGUUAGGAGCGGGAGGACACAUCAGCGGCGGAGGAUACGGUAAUCUUAUGAGAAAGUACGGAAUCUCCGUUGAUAAUGUCGUUGAUGCUCGAGUGGUUGAUGUCAACGGCAAUAUCUUGACUGGAGCUACCUUGGGAGAUGAUCUAUUGUGGGCGAUUAGAGGCGGUGGUGGAGGGAGCUUCGGGGUAAUACUCUCCUGGAAGAUCAACCUCGUCGAUGUUCCAGAGACCGUGACAGUUUUUAAGGUUAACAAAACAUUGGAGAAAGGAGCAACUGAUGUUCUUUACAAGUGGCAGCUUGUCUCCAGCAAAUUGCCUCAAGAGUUUUUCUUGAGAGCAAUGCCUGAACUUCAAAAUGUCGCGAUACCUAGCAAGAUAACCAUAGCGGUUGUGUUCUACGCUCAGUUUUUAGGACCAGCAAAGAAGCUCAUGGAGAUUAUUAACAAGAAUUUACCUGAAUUAGGGCUAAAACGUGAAGAUUGCUACGAAAUGAGCUGGAUUAAUACGACAACGUUUUGGCAGAAUUAUCCUGUGGGAACAUCGACGAGCUUUCUUUUGGAUAGACCAACGGAUCCGCCAGGAGCGUUCUUCAAGAGUAAAUCGGACUACGUCAAGAAACCGAUCCCAAAAGAGGGAAUGGAGAAGAUUUGGAAAAUCAUGUUGAAGUUCAACAACAUGUUUAUGCAAUGGAACCCUUACGGUGGAGCCAUGGACAAGAUUCCGGCGAAUGCCACCGCUUUUCCUCACCGAAACGGGAACUUGUACAAGAUUCAGUACUUUGCCUUAUGGACCGACGCAAACGCCACAGACGCUAAUGUUGGUCUGAUGAAAGAGAUAUACGAGGCGAUGGAGCCGUACGUGUCAAGCAACCCGAGAGGAGCGUUCUUGAAUUACAGAGACAUGGAUAUCGGAAGCAACCCGAGUGGUAAGACCAACGUUGAAGAAGCUAAGAUCUAUGGAUCCAAGUAUUUCUUGGGAAAUUUGAAGCGAUUGAUGCAAGUUAAAGCCAAGUAUGAUCCUGAGAAUUUCUUUAGAUUCGAACAGAGUAUUCCUCCUAUUCGUGCAAUGUAACUCUUUUAAAGGUUUUCCCGUAACA